ACACACUCCCCCCCCUACACAACCACCCACCCUACACACUCUGACAUCUCUUCUCUCCUCCUCGGUCAGUCGGUCAGGGUACAGUAGGAUGACUGGUAAGACUCCCACCAGCAACGUGACCAACAAGAAUGAUCCACGCUCCCUCAACUCCAGAGUCUUCAUCGGCAACCUCAACACGGCGGCGGUAACCAAGGCCGACAUCGAGGCCCUCUUCGCCAAGUACGGCAGGAUCGUGGGUUGCUCCGUCCACAAGGGCUUUGCCUUCGUCCAGUAUGGCAGCGAGAGGAACGCGCGAGUGGCUGUAGCAAGGGAGAACACCAGGGUCAUCGCUGGACAGCCCUUGGACAUCAACAUGGCAGGAGAACCAAGACCCUACAGGCCAAAGGUGGUGGGCUCCAAGAGGCCCCUCUCCUCUCUCUACAGUGGCUAUGAGUUUGACUACGACUAUUACAGAGAGGAUUUCUACAGCAGAUUAUUUGAUUAUCAUGGACGCGUGGUGGAGCCCCCCAUCCGAUCGCCGAUACCGGCCAAACGCUCUCGUGUCUUGGUCCCGUCCCUGCGGCGAAUCAAAUCUUCCUUGCCGGUCAGGACCUGCUCUGACUCCUUUUCUUCUUCCAGACCUCUUCCUCCGUCCUCGCCUCUACCUCUCACUUCUGGGUCUUCAGCUGCAGGAUCUAUGUUAAAGACCGACCAGUUGGUAACCAUCAAACAGGAGCUGUCCCAGAUUAAGACCAAGAUCGACUCUCUACUGGGGCGUCUGGAGAGGAUUGAGAGACAGCAUUGCACAGAGGCAGCAGCCCAGAGGAAACAGGGAGGAGUGUAUAAGUGUCUCCGUGCCAAAACAGCGGACCUCUCCGAAGACUUGGAGGCGGGAGAGAUGACAGAUGAAGCCAACGAGGAUGUCUUUGACGAUGAAGGCACUAACGAUAUGAUAGAAAACCACUUAUCAGACAUUGACAAUUGAGAGAGGGAGGUAAAAAUAAAGCCUCAUUGGUGGUUUGAAGAAUCAAUAGACAACAUCAGGACCUGAAUGACCAAUCAAUGGAAAAAAGGAAAAGACUCUCAGAGAGAAAGACUCAUGGACCAGUGUGCUUGUUUGCCCGUCAAGACACAACACUGUGUGCGUAUUGAUGCGGUACUACAAGGUUGUACUUUAAUUUCAUACAAUACAUGUACCAGACUACUGUAUUUUAUUCUAGUCAUCUAAGAAAUGAAUUAAUGCAGGGUGUGAAAAAAAGAGUUGCUCUCAUUGAGUGUGGCUUACAUGCACACAAUAUUGUGAUUGUGGAUAGUCAGAUUAAUAUAAUAGUUAAAUUAAAACGUUUACAUGCUUUGCAAGAGGAACGAUUUCUCUAAUAAUCCUGUGUACAUGGACGCAUAUGAAAAUCAGGCUAUCUGAUGGCACUCUGAUCAAUGCCGAAAAUCGGCAAUCAAAAUAAAUGUCAGAAAAGCGUCUUCUUUUUUUUAAUCGGCAUAUGCUUACUUUUAUUUUGACCUUACACCGAUUAAGAUAAACAGAGUAAGGAUGUUACAUGACUAUUGUAUAAUCUGUCUACUGUCAUAAAUCAGUUUGAUAUCGAAUUAUAUUAGUGUGCGUGUAAACAUGCUCAUUGUUCUCAGACUAAUAGUUCCGGUUUCAAGGUAUUAUCGUCUAAAACGUGAAUGGCAAAAUUCAGAAGAAAUGUUUUGUUGGAAUUGUGACUUUGCAUUUUAAUUUAUGUGUUGAAACUGUUGUAUGGCCACCUAUGAAAUGGGUUAGGGGACAUGAGAAAAAAGGUUUUCGAAAUUAGUCUCGCAGGGAGCAGUUUUCAGAUGUUUGAAAAUGGUAGACCACAAAAUUCUGCCAUUUUCUUAAUAUUGGCACUAAAAUGUGUGUUAUUUAAUAAACUACAGUACCAGUCAAAAGUUGACA